CCCUGUCAUCCUUUCACAGAACCCGCGAUGCAUUCUGUGAGAUGAUUGGAGUGGGACUCCCACUAAAUUGUAUCAGUCCGUCCAUUCCGCAGGCAAGGUUUUCUUGCUCUGUGUCCCAUCCGUCCAUGAAGGAAUAAGUUUACUUUGCCUCAAUGUGUGCUGUUUUUGAUGAUAAUUGUGAUACUCUGUUGGAUUUUACUGUGACAGUUGGUUGAAACUCAGCUUUGCAGACUAGCCAUGAAGACCAACAUUCGCUGCCUGAAACGUUGACGCCAAGGAACAAAACACCAAAGACACUUGCGAUGAGGAGCUACGCACAUUGAAUCGUCAUUGUGUCAUGUGACUGCCAUGAUGCCGAGCGAAGACAAGAAAGCCAGGCAGUCGGAAUCAAACAAAGAAACCAAAGAACUGACAAGACUUCUAGAACUAUUGAACACACCUGCAAGUAAACAACAGUUGCCGUCUCUGGAUUAUGACCCGGCCAACAACAAUAAUAACAACAAUGUCUUGAAGCCCGGGAAUGGGACCCAGCGUCCCGUCAAGUCUGGCUCAUGCCAGCACCAGAGCUCCGAAGCCGUGGCCCUGGAAAGUUUUAGCACAAAAUAUCAAAGCGAAAGGAAUUUCAGCGCACACAAGCAUCGGAAACAUUUUGACCAGAUUUUCUCAGCACUCGUCAAAAGUAGAUUAUGUCAAAUAGAAUGGUCGGUCAGAGCGCCCCCAGAAAAUAUCGUUAGGGUUUUACUGUGCCUUCGAAUGCUCCUGAGGGACCAAGCUUAUCAGAAACUUCUCUUCAAGUCGGAGGGUGUAAAAGUAUUAUCAGAGAAACUGCAAGUUGCCACAGAAAGUUAUCUCAGGAAUGGACAGCAACCGUUUAUGGUGGACAUCCUCAAGGAAAUGACGAAUAUUUUCCAGAAAUUGGCUAGUGAUGAAAAACAGCGGGAUGGGCUGAUUGCAUACGGAGCACACAAGCCACUAGUAUUACUCCUGUCUGCCAGUGACGUCAUGGUACUGCACUGUUCACUCUAUGCACUCAUAAGUAUAGCACAGAGCCCUGAGCCUAGAGCUUUGAUUGGAGAACUGGACUGCAUAGAGACCCUACUGAGAAUCAUCCAAGAAUAUGACAUGCUCUCUAAGAAGUUGGCAGCGGUCUUACUUCGGACUCUGUGCCUUGAGAGCCAAGUCAAGGAACAGGUCAAGAUAUGCGACGGUGUCCCAGUACUGCUGAGUGUCUUACACUGUGAUAACAUCAAGCUGCUCCUAGAUGUGGUGUGGUGUGUCGUCCUGUUGUCUGGAGAUCUUGACACGAGCAACGAUGUUAGAAUCAUGGGCGGCAUUCCAUUACUGCUGUCGCUUCUGCAGGGUAAACAUUUCACGACAGACCGGAUAUCAACCAGCAGCUUACCCAGUGCUAGUUCCUCUGGCCGCAUACAUUCCUUGAACUUCCCCGAAGAAACGGAAGAAGUGCAGCUGUCAGACAAAUUUGCUCUUCAGUCGGCGUGUUGCUCAGCCUUAACAGAACUUGUACUGAAUGACACCAACGGCCAGCAAAUUGUACAGAACAAUGGUAUUUAUUGUCUUGGCAUGCUGAUAUUCCCCAAAACAACCACAAGUGCAAGGGAAGCCGAAGCAAUGACCAAUUUACAGAAAAACGCCUUCCGAACGCUGCGUUUCCUGUUCAGCAUGGAGCGGAAUCGUCAGAUGUUCAAGCGUCUCUUCCCGCCGGACCUCUUUGAGGCGUUCAUCGACGUGGGACACUACGUCAAGGACAUCAGUGCCUACAAUUCAUUGGUGACCAAGGUCAACAGUCUACCGAGGGAGAAGGCACAAGAGAUCAAGCAGACGUUCCAAGAAGUGAAUCAGAACAAGGAACCGUCUAAAUUAAUCUCUGGCUACCUGGUCUAUGAGCACCUUGGCACUGGAGCAUUCGGCAGUGUCUUCAAGGUUAAGAAGAACACAGGGGAGAAUUUCCUGGCCCUGAAGGAGAUUCGCUACAACAACCCGGCCGUGGGGAAGACAAUCAAGGAGAAAGACAAGAGCAUUGAUAGCAUCGUCAGUGAGUUGACCAUCAUCAAGGAACAUCUCAGACAUCCUAACGUGGUCCGGUACUACAGGACAUUCAAAGAAAACGAGAAUCUGUACAUCGUGAUGGAGCUGAUAGAGGGCGCCCCGCUCUACGAACACUUCAACUCCCUCAAGGAGAAAGGUGAGCAGUUCUCAGAGGAGCGCAUCUGGCACAUCUUCUUACAAAUCGUCCUCGCGCUGAGAUACCUUCACAAGGAGAAGAAGAUUGUCCAUCGCGACCUGACGCCAAAUAACAUCAUGCUGGGGGAGAAUGACAAAGUUACUAUCACCGACUUUGGCCUUGCAAGACAGAAGCAGCCAGACGCGAGUAAGAUGACAUCUGUGGUUGGGACCAUUCUUUACAAUUGCCCCGAGAUCAUCCAGAACCAACCCUACGGUGAGAAGGCCGACGUCUGGGCGGCAGGCUGCAUCCUGUACCAGAUGUGCAUGCUCAAGCCACCGUUCUACAGCUCCAACAUGCUAGCCCUGGCUAGUAAGAUAGUAGAGGCUGAUUAUGAGCCUAUACCCGAGGGCAACUACUCCACACUGGUUACGUCUACAAUCAGAAAGUGCUUGACAGCUGACCCCGACAAGCGGCCAGACAUCGUGCAGGUGGGAGGGUUGAUAGCCGACAUCAUGAUGCAGAACAUGGAUGCACUCAGGACCAAUCAGAUCAGCUUGGAGAAGAAACUGGAUCGAGAACGAAAGAGGACCCAGAGACAUCACAACGAGGCCACCAAGAACAUGCAGAACUACCAUCGUCUCUUCCUUGCAUCUCAGGAGAGAUACGACAAGCUGGCCAACUUAGCUGGCAGCGGUGGGGCGUCCAGCAUCAAGAGCGAUUCAGACUCUAAUGACGUCUUUGAAUCCAGUGAUGAACAGCCGCCUCCUAACAGACCACACCACAACGGUUUAAACAGCAGGUCACGCUACGGUCUCCUGCACGACACGGACAAGAGCGUGGAGAGUGGUAUAGAGGAGGAUGAUUCCUGCCUGGGCUGCGAUAGCCUGGAUUCCAGCAGUGGCAGCUCAGUCCUUGGGUCUAGCCUCAAUCUUAGUUCCAGUCAGAGCCGGGGUACGUUUGCCGUGCCCCGCCCACCGACGGUUAACAAGAGCAGUAACGGCGGGAUGCGAUCCCUCACAGUCGACGUGCAAGCUGUUAAUCGCGCCCUGGCUCAACAAGGCUUAGCAUCCCCCAACGAUAUCACAACACCGGUGAAUGACAGAGGCAAGCUACCGCGGUCACAGAGCGGUUCGUUUGUCGAGACUCUCCGGCGACAAUCCUCCACGAGUGGGAAACCCAGACCUCCUUCGGCAGCAGCAACCUUAACCAUCUCCCCCCGCAAGGUGCGACAGAUCAGCGAUCCCGUCUUGAAGAUGCUACACACCAUCCACAAGAUCAUCUUCAUCUGUCAGCUGCCCCCGACCCUAUCCCCUAACCGGCGUAGGGUCAUCGAGAGGUUCAAGAAGGCCCUCUUUGCACCCCAGAGCAGCUCCGUCAACUUGAAGAACGAGCUCAAAAAGUUGGUCAACGGCUCCAAGGAGCUCAUUGAUCUCAACCUGUGCACCACGGAGGCCAGCUAUCUCCUGCGGCAAGCCAGCCACGAGGAGUCCCACAUGCAGGUCAGCGGCGGUGAGAAACCCUCCAGCGCCAGCAGUCUGGACCCCAACGACACCGAGAUAGGCAUCACCUACGAACAGAUGCAGAACUUCAUAGAGAGCGUGCUGGUGGAGUCAGGAUACUACGCCAUGUCACCCAACGCCAGAAAUCGCAGCAUGCCACUCGGCCCGAUCAUCACAAGUCCUCCGACACUGCGACGUAGCAGCUCCUACCAGGUAGGAAUGACCUAGUUGGCCCAGGGACCAAAGUUUUUGAACUUUUUUUAUAUUGUGGAGAGUAACAAGAAAGUAGUAAGCUUAGGCCAAAAAAAAAAAUAAGUCGGU